UUGGUUAUGGAACAACCCUUUUCCCUCCUUUUUUUUCUAUCUCAACUGCAUAAGAAAUUUAGGGUUUACAAUUUCGAAAACCUUAAUAUCAGAUGCAUAAGUUCAAAUAAUAUUAACAAGAACAGAUUGGAGACAAAUGUGGAAGCAGGAAAGUAAAGAAGAACAUAUACUCUCACUAAAUAGCGAUCAAUAUUUUGCGAAUGGGACUGUGAGGGAUGAUCAAUUCAAGUCCAAACAACACAAGAAACGUGGCAAGAAGAAAAACGGAGGUCAACAGGCAACUGGAGCUGAUAAUAGUGGUCGAGGACUCCGUCAAUUUAGCAUGAAAGUGUUUGAGAAAGUGGAAAGUAAAGGAACAACCACUUACAAUGAGGUGGCAGAUGAACUGGUAGCAGAGUUUGCUGACCCUGGCAACGGCAUUUCAUCUUCGGAUCAGCAGCAACAGUUUGAUGAGAAAAGCAUACGGCGAAGGGUAUAUGAUGCUGUGAAUGUAUUUACGGCAUUAAAUAUCAUAUCUAAGAGUAAGAAGGAAAUACAAUGGGAAGGCUUUCCACAAACAAGUUUGAGUGACAUAGAAGAAUUAAAGGGUGAGUGUCUUGGAUUGGGGAAUAGAAUUGAGAGAAAAGCUGCCUAUUUGCAAGAACUAGAGGAACAACACGUAGGUCUUCAGAACCUAAUACAAAGAAAUGAGCUACUUUACAACUCAGAGAUUGCUCCUAGUGGGGGAGUGUCCUUACCUUUUAUUCUGGUGCAGCUACGCCCUCAUGCAACUGUUGAAGUGGAAAUAUCAGAAGAUAUGCAGAUGGUUCAUUUCGAUUUUGAUAGCACCCCUUUUGAGCUGCACGAUGAUAAUUAUGUUCUCAAGGCAAUGAAAUCGCGUGAGAGACGAGAGAGUGACGGCGCAGCACCUAAUAUAACUACCGAUGGAGGUGAAGCUUCUAGCAUGCCCCAUGAGUAGGCUGCCAAUCUCACCACCUUAUCAGCUGUAUGUAAAUUGUGCAAAGUAGCUUGUUGAUUUACCCGCCUUCUGAAGGAAUUUAGGUAACUAGGAGGUCAGUCCCUUAUCGCUUAGCGACUUUUUUUUUUUUUUGAUGAAUAUCGCUUAGCGACUUAUGUCAAAUAUUUUAGUCCCGUCGGAUUCUCAGGUUUAGAUCCUCAAUUAGCUUUUGUAAGUGUUUAAUCAUUAGUAGUGUGCCUUUUAAUUAUAGUAAGAAAGUGUAGUAAGUCCACAUUAGGCUUCAAGGGGACUGUGUAGCUGCACACAGAAGCAUUGAUUAAAUCAACAUCUGAUUUCUUGAUUUGCAAAGUUACAUUUAUGUCA